AGAGCAAUCUGCUGAGUGAGUACUGAGUACUGCCUUCGUGUUCCCUCUGUUCUCUUCUCUUGCCGAUCAUUCACCGAAAUCCCCUAAACAAUGGCCGCUGCCGCCGCCUCUCGUCGUGGCGUCGUCUAUACGGGGCGCCGCCUCUUCUCCUCCUCCUCCAUCGCCACCGGUAAAAACAACCACAAGGAAACUCACAACUUCCUGGAGGCGAAUUCUUUCUUGGGAUGCUGGGAGGCGCCGAAGAAUCCGAAGGAGGCGGAGAAGAGACUGGCGAUGUUGCGAAGACAGUACGCGAAGCAAUUGAAGGAGGUGCGCAAAGAAUACAUCGUGGAGAUGGAGGCCAUGCGCAUGGAGAAGCAGCGGAAGGACGAAGCUAGACAAGAGGUGAUCAGGAUUGCGAACGAGGAACGCCGUAAGUUGAAGGCUGAGGCGGCCAAAGUUAGAGCGGAAGAGCGCAAAGUUGCUGAAGAGGAGUUCCGCCAAACCCUGGUACUCGGAGUCGCAGUCAAUCUCUCGUUGACUGCUAGGGUAAGUCCGUGUUCUGCCCCACUCUUUUAGAUUCCGCUAAUCUUGAGGAUGGGAAAGGCUUACAUGAAGUCCAUUAGUCAGAGCCCUGGAUCAUUUGGAAGAUUUGAGGUUUGUAUUUGCUUGUGAUUGGAAGCGGCAUGAGAGAGAAGUUGAUCAUGUGGAGGCAUGUAGUUGAUCUUCUAAGCUCUCGUCACUACAAUUGAAAGAGCGAACGGAGAAGCUUGAGAAUUGGAGAAUGAAAGAAGCUAAGAGGGAAGAGAAGAAAAAUGCUGCCAAGGAGCUGUUACGCCGGAGUAGUUCGCAGUGGGUUGACGAGGAGAAAUUGGAGGGCCAGAUAAUAGAAGUUCUUUCUGGUCCAUGGUCAUUCUAAGUGUGCUUUCUUUUGCAAAACAGGCUCUUUAUCUUUUACUCGGCAAUAACAGACUGAACCAAUGUAUCGUUGGCGAAUGGUGACUCACUGCAUGCUGUCCAAGAAAGAGUUCGCUGUGGGUUGACAAGGACAAAGUGGAUUAGAAAAUGCGAGAAAUGGGCUUGGGGGAAAGCAUGGAUGUCCAUUGCCAUUGGGUUAUUCUGAUGAGGCCCAAGGGAUUUUCUGAGAAGGUCGGCCUGUUCUUGUUUCGGAGAAGAUGGUACUUUCUUUCUUUGUUCCCAUGAUCAUGAUGUAUUAUUGUAUUUGGUUCUUUCUUGGUCCUAUUAAAUCAGGAAGACCUCGGCACUUGAGCCUUGUUUGCUUCUGACUGUGAAUUGUUUAAUUGUGGGGAGUGGCGAGUUAACAUUGAAACUCACGUUUCCCACUAAUUUUCCCAGAAGGUACUUGCUUUUGCUUACAUUUCAUUGGUGUAAUAGUAAAAACAUGGUUUCCUUUGGUUUUUGGUUAAUACCUUAGUUUAGCUCGAAUUAUAGACAAACUUUCUAAUUUGGCUCGUGGUAUCAUAAAUUGUUAUUCUGACGUCAACUAUAUAGCAUACUUCCUUAUUUGGCC